UUGAAGAGGAAAUCUCUUAUAUGAUAAAUUAAAAAAAUUAAUAUCGUUUGAAUGAUUAUCGAUUAUCACAUAAGAUUGUAUUUAAAUAUUUGGCCUUCAAUCUAUUCGCAAAGACGAUAAAGCGCACACAGCAAUUCUGAAGGUUUAUGCCGACAACUAGGAAACCUGGCCACGUAGAAAUUCUGCAUUUAAAUAACAAUUGCCAAACCGUGUAACAAAAGUAAACAAUUAGGAGCCGCUUCUUGUAUACAAAUGGCGGCAGCGUAUAUAUUUGAAGUACUUACGUUAUUGACUAUUCUAUUUAGUAAUUGCCUACGAGGGGCAGCAGAUGAGCAUACACAUAAGUACAAUGAUGGCGAGGAAGUGGUGUUAUGGAUGAAUACUGUGGGUCCUUAUCAUAAUCGACAAGAGACUUAUGCUUAUUUUAGUUUGCCAUUUUGUCGCGGAUCAAAAACCAGUAUCUCACAUUAUCACGAAACGUUAAGUGAAGCUCUGCAGGGUGUGGAAUUAGAAUUCAGCGGCUAUGAAAUUGAUUUCAAUCGUGAUGUGCCCCCGACGGCAUUUUGCAUGGUUCAUUUGAAUGAGGAUAAAGUUAAAGCCUUCACAUAUGCUGUCAUAAAUGAGUACUGGUAUCAAAUGUAUAUCGACGGUCUGCCAAUAUGGGGUAAAGUUGGUGAGAAAGAUGAAAAUGAUGGAAAAUAUUAUAUAUAUAGCCAUAAGAAAUUCGAUAUUGGUCGUAACGGCCAGCAAAUUGUUGAUAUUAAUUUGUCUACCGAAAAGAAGGAACUCUUGGUGGCGGGAGCUAAAAUUAAAUUCUCCUAUGAAGUUAAUUGGAAACCAAGUGUUGUAGAGUUCAAAGAUCGCUUCGAUAAAUAUUUGGAUCCUAAGUUUUUCCAGCAUAGGAUUCAUUGGUUCAGUAUUUUUAAUAGUUUUAUGAUGGUUAUAUUUUUGGUGGGAUUAGUAUCCAUGAUUUUAAUGCGCACAUUGCGCAAGGAUUAUGCUCGCUAUAGCAAGGAUGAGGAAAUGGAUGAUAUGGAGCGUGAUUUGGGUGACGAAUAUGGUUGGAAACAAGUUCACGGUGAUGUUUUUCGUUCACCGCCACACUCCUUAGUCUUUUCAGCCUUAAUUGGUGCUGGUUAUCAAUUAAUAUCUGUUGUGUUUUGCGUUAUUUUGUUUGCAAUUGUAGGGGAAUUAUAUACCGAACGUGGUUCGAUGUUGUCUACAGCUAUAUUUGUGUAUGCGGCUACUUCACCUAUUAACGGUUACUUCGGCGGUUCUUUAUAUGCCCGCUUAGGCGGACGAAUGUGGAUACGGCAAAUGCUAACAUCAGCUUUUAUGGUGCCUGUGUUUGUUUGCGGUACUGCAUUUUUUAUAAAUUUCAUAGCCAUCGGUUAUCAUGCCUCGCGUGCAAUCCCUUUUGGUACUAUGGUGGCAGUUACCUGUAUAUGUUUUUUUGUCAUUUUACCAUUGACUUUGGUGGGCACUGUAGUAGGUCGCAAUUUAGAUGGUCAACCCGAUUAUCCAUGCCGUGUUAACGCUGUUCCCAGACCUAUACCUGAAAAGAAAUGGUUUAUGGAACCGGUCAUUAUUAUACUGUUGGGCGGAGUUUUACCAUUCGGCUCCAUUUUCAUAGAAAUGUAUUUCAUCUUCACUUCAUUUUGGGCUUAUAAAAUCUAUUAUGUAUAUGGUUUCAUGUUGUUAGUCUUUACAAUAUUAACCAUUGUUACGGUGUGUGUAACCAUUGUUUGUACAUAUUUUUUGUUAAACGCUGAAGACUAUAGGUGGCAAUGGACCAGUUUCAUGUCAGCUGCCUCCACUUCUAUUUAUGUUUACGCCUAUUCAUUCUAUUACUUCUUUUUUAAAACAAAAAUGUAUGGUUUAUUUCAGACGGCCUUUUAUUUCGGUUAUAUGGCGUUAUUUAGCGGUGCUUUAGGUAUUAUAUGCGGCACAGUAGGCUAUGUCGGCACAAGUUUUUUCGUACGAAAAAUUUACUCUAAUGUAAAAAUAGAUUAAUUAUUUCUUCUUCAAAAUCCUGUUUCCUUCUUUUCAAAAAUACACACAAGUUUUACCCUUCAAUAAUUUAAGUUAUCCUUUUUUUCAGUUCCCGUCUUUAAUCUUUUCCAAUAUGUCUU